CAGCGGGCGGGGCGGGCACAAGAUGGCGGCGGUGCGGGCCGUGUGUGUGAUGCGCGGCGAGGGGGCUGUGGAGGGCGUCAUCCACUUCGAGCAGCAGGGUACUGGACCGGUGAAAGUGACUGGGAAAAUCACUGGAUUGGCCGAUGGAGAGCACGGCUUCCACGUCCACGAGUUCGGGGACAACACCAAUGGGUGCACCAGUGCUGGCCCCCACUUCAACCCGGAGCAGAAGAAGCACGGGGGUCCCAGCGAUGCCGAGAGGCACGUGGGAGACCUGGGCAAUGUGACUGCCAAGGGAGGCGUGGCCGAGGUGUCCAUCCAGGAUUCCGUCAUCUCCCUCUCGGGACCACACUGCAUCAUCGGCCGCACCAUGGUGGUGCACGAGAGGCGGGAUGACCUGGGCAAAGGGGGCAAUGACGAGAGCCUGCUGACUGGGAACGCGGGGCCCCGCCUGGCCUGCGGGGUGAUUGGGAUUGCCAAGUGCUAAGUGUGCUGCCUGCAGUGCUCCUCCUGCUGCUCCUUCCCCUCCUCCUGCAACUUCCAGAUGUGUCAUCAAUCUCCUGCUCCUCUGCAUCCCGAGCAGCACUCACACGCUGGAGACUGACCGAGUUUUGUAUGAUGUAUAUUCAAUUAAAGUGGCCCUGACGGAA